AUGAGAGUGGCCCUUAUGUUAGCUUUUCAAUCCCAACUUCAACCAACAGAGUUUCUGGACCUUGCCAAUAUUCCUUACUCAUUUCUUGCUUGGAAUUCCUUCAUUUACCCGCUAAAUAACUACAAAUUUAGAUUACGGUAUCCGAGUGCUAAAAGGUUUUGGAGAUUUUGGAAGCCGGAAAAUGGUUUUUCGAUCGUGAUAAGGUCAAGCUCUAGAUCGGAAUACUCGAAUAACACUGAGAGAGAUGCCCGUAAUGAGCCAUUCGAUUUGGCCCAACACAAGGCCGAUUUUUCCAGUUCAUUGCCGGAAAAUUAUCCACUCCUGGAAGUGCUCAUAGAGAAGGUCAUUUAUCGGUGCAGGUUCUUGACACUUUUUGGUGUGUUUGGUUCAUUGUGCGGAUCUUUAUUAUGUUUCAUCAAGGGGAGCACUUAUGUGGCCAGCUCUUUUAAGGAAUUCAUUGGAAGAAGUGGAAAGGUUAUUUUGUUGCUGGUUGAAGCCAUUGAUGUCUAUUUGUUGGGUACGGUAAUGCUUAUUUUUGGAAUGGGUCUCUACGAACUCUUUGUUAGCAAUCUCGAGGUUUCAAGAGCUUCUUCAGCAGCGAAUUGCAGCUCAAGUUUAUUCGGCUUAUUCAAACUUAAGGAAAGGCCAAAGUGGUUGGAGAUUGAAUCCAUAAAUGAACUAAAGACUAAGGUUGGACAUGUUAUAGUGAUGAUUCUCCUUAUUGGGUUGUUUGAGAAGAGUAAGAAAGUGGCCAUUACCUCUCCUCUAGACUUGCUUUACUUUUGUACCUCCAUUUUGUUAUCAUCUUCAUGCCUUUUACUUCUGUCGAAGCUUAAUUCUGUCUAGAAACAAACCAGUUCGUAAAAUCGAGGUUUCGACAUUCAAAUCUGAAGAGGCCUAUCUUAGAAAAUGUGGAGAAUCAAGAUCAUAAUGAAUAAGGAGCCAUUGAUCGAAGUUGAAGUGUACCAAGGGGAAGUUAAUUUUGUUGUUAAUUCUAAUGAAAAUUCCCUGAAAAUCGAGUAUGUAUGGACACUCUGGGUUUCUCUUUAAAGCCCUAGAUAAUUGUGCUGUAAAUAGUUGUAAAUUAUUUAGAAUGUGGCCAUAUGCUUUCUCAAGAAUUUAUUUGUACAUGUACCUAAUUGAAAUCA